AGAGCAAUGGCGUCUUCAUUUAUAACCAGCGCUUGGCGGGUUACGUGCCGCAUCGUAUUCCCGGCUCUCGUACCACGCUUCUGUAAACUGGCGAACGGGGCCCAGAAAUUGGAAGCAAUUAUUCUACGAUAUCAAAAGAUCGAAGCAAGAAAUUAAGCAAACAUCAGCGCAGAGAGCCAGGCACAAAGCCACUGGGAGCCGCUACGUGCGCGCAGCUCCGCCCCUCUUUUGCGAAGCAGCGGGGCCUGACCCUUCCCGCGACCUGUCGCGCGGCGGAGCAGGCGCGGAAGGCUCGGCGGCCCGUGCGUCGUUAUGGAGCCGGACGGGACCUACGAGCCCGGCUUCGUGGGGAUUCGAUUCUGCCAGGAAUGUAACAACAUGCUUUACCCCAAGGAGGACAAAGAGAACCGCAUCCUGCUCUACGCGUGCCGGAACUGUGAUUACCAGCAGGAGGCCGACAACAGCUGCAUCUACGUCAACAAAAUCACGCACGAAGUGGACGAACUGACCCAGAUCAUCGCUGACGUGUCCCAGGACCCCACGUUGCCGCGGACCGAGGACCACCCGUGCCAGAAGUGCGGCCACAAGGAGGCAGUGUUCUUCCAGUCACACAGUGCCCGUGCCGAGGACGCCAUGCGCUUGUACUACGUGUGCACGGCGCCACACUGCGGCCACCGCUGGACCGAGUGAGCCACCCCGCCGCGUGUGUGUGUCUGUGUGUGUAAUAAAUGCUGUGUUGUGUGUG